AGUUACGUCUGGGAUUUUUAUUUUUUCUUAAACAAACCAAAAACCACUGAAAAUUUUGAAAAAAAAAGUUUUUUUCAUAGUUUUUGUUAUACAAUUUUGUAAAUAAGUGAUUUUUCUCCUUCUCUGAUGUGUGAUAAUGAGGCUGCAGUGAUGGGCAAUGAUAGGCUGCACUGAUGGACACUGAUAGGUGGUACUGAUGGGCACUGAUGAGGAGGCACUGGUAGGUGGCACUGAUGGGCAUUGACAGGCAU